AUGCUUAGCAACAGGACCCUCACGGAGGAGCAGACGCUCAUUAGGCGUCAUUUCAUUGAUUUCUUUGAAAGUGAGCGGUAUGAGGAAAAAUAUCAUCAACUUGUACAAGAGAUGAUGGCGGCGUCGGGAUCCCGCUUAUUACUCGAUAUGGGUGACCUGCUGGACUUCACACCCACGGCAACCGGUUUCGACACUACAGCCGGCUUAGGGCUAAAUCAGAGCGCUUCUCUCGGCGCUUGUAUUAUACGUGAGCCUGGAAAAUAUGUUCCGCUUCUAGAGCUUGCCCUGCAUGAUGUAGUGCUAAGGCAGCAGCCGGAGUAUUUGAAGGUGGAUUACCGUUCACGUGCCGUCCAUGUUGGCUUCGAGGGGCCUGUUGGUACCGUGCGUUCGCCCCGUGAGUUGUACGCGCAGCACCUCAACACAAUGGUGGCUCUCGAAGGCAUUAUCACACGUCAGUCCUCUAACCGCCCGCGGGUGCUUGAAACGGUACAUUACUGCCCGGAGACAAAUAAGUUUAGUAGGAAAGAAUUCCGUGACCAAUUAACACCCAUGAUUGACAGCCGACAUCUUCCAACCGUUAAUGUCAUGCCCAAGACAGAUAUGGAGGGAAAUGUCCUGCGUACUGAGUUGGGACUAUCAACCUUCAUGGAUUCGCAGUGCGCCAUCCUGCAGGAGGCACCUGAACGGGCGCCAACUGGUCAACUCCCACGAACCGUUGAGCUUCGCUUUGAUGACGAUUUGGUCGAUAUUGUCAAACCGGGGGAUCGUGUAACGUUGGUGGGAGUUUAUAUGGCAUACACUACUUCCGAUAACAAGAGCUUUCAAUCCAUAGUAUUGGUAAAUCACGUGAUACCUGUACAAGCUUUUACUAUGUAUCGUCGAGUACCUUCAAUUGAAGAGAAAUUGUUUGCCUUCGCAGCGAAGUGUACGCAAACAGACGGCCCGGCGGGCGUUCUAAAUUCGCUUAGUAUGGCCGUUGCACCCACCAUUUACGGAAUGACAAAUGAACGGAAGGCCGUUCUGCUACUAAUGGUUGGGGGGGUGGAGCGUGUCGCCCACCAAUCUCACGUCCGCGGGGACAUUAAUGUUCUUCUUGUUGGUGAACCAUCCACGGCCAAGUCACAGCUUCUCCGAUUUGUGCUCGGUGUGGCACCACUCGCACUCAGCACGACGGGAAAAGGUUCCUCUGGUGUUGGUCUAACGGCUGCUGUCUCUAUUGACGCAUACACGGGCGAACGUUCACUCUCUGCCGGUGCAAUGGUUCUUGCUGACCGCGGUAUUCUUUGCAUUGAUGAAUUUGACAAAAUGAGCGCUCAGGACCGGGUAGCCAUGCACGAGGCAAUGGAACAACAAACUGUGACAAUUGCCAAGGCGGGGAUUCAUGCUUCACUUAACGCACGCUGCAGUGUUCUCGCUGCCGCUAACCCCAUUUAUGGAUUUUAUAGCGUUCAUCAUCGUCUAGCCUUCAAUGUAGGUCUCCCCGAGUCACUGCUUUCUCGUUUCGACCUAACAUUUAUUGUGUUGGACAAACACUCGUCUGAACAUAACCGCAGGAUCGGCCGCCACAUACUUCGGAACCACAUGACAGCUGAGCCUGUGGAAAUUGAUCAGAAUAUUACUAAAACAGUGGUGGACAGUGUGGACUCCGUUUGGGCACAGUCAGGGAGGCAGGGUGGUGGUGCCGGUGGUGGUUUGGACUUCCGUAUGACCACAACAAGUAGCGGCGAAACUAUUGUUGGAGUGGACUUCCUUCGCGCAUACGUGCAGUUGGCGAAAUUGGGUCGACCCACGCUCACGGAAGCUUCACAGCAGUUGGUAAGUCAGCACUACGUGCAGCUGCGGGCUGAGCAGCAAGAAGGUUCAAAAGAUGGGUUUUUUGUUACGGCGCGUACUCUAGAAGCAAUUGUGCGACUAGCUACGGCUAAUGCCAAACUGCGGCUUUCCUCCACAGUCGAUGAGGAUGAUGUGAAGAGCGCUAUGGAACUUUUACGUGCCUCCGUCCACGCAGCCACCGCAGCUUCACAGCAGCGUGCCGAGGACAAUAAGGCAACCGCAAUGGAAAAGCGCCAAGGUGCGAAACGAUCGGCAGAAGGGUUAACAAAUGGGGCUGGCGUGGACAUCAUUUCUGGCGCUGGUAACACCCGGAGGCAGAGGCAGGAGGUGGAAGAAACGGCAGCAGGGGCGGUCGCGUCGCCAGCAGAAGAGAUGGCCCUCACAACUGCUGAAAGUUCAAAGGAGAUUACUUUAUCUCGCGUUUCAAAUAUGCUUCGCCUCAUCCAGCGUCAGGACCGGCAGCCUGCUGUUCGUCUGAGUGAUGUGCAUGCCAGAUUGGGCGGCUCUCUUUCUAUGGAGGAACUUAGGCAGGCAGUAUCGGAACUCCAAGGUGACAGCUUUGUUUAUGAAGCCAUUGGCGAAGAUGAAUGGGUUCAGUUCAUUUGA